AUGCCUUUGUAUGCCAAGUUCAUGAAAGACUUGCUUUCAAAGAAGAGGAAGUUGAAGGAGGAUGCUACAAUAACUUUAAUCGAAGAAUGCAGCGCAAUAUUGCAGCAAAAGUUGCCUUCUAAGUUGAAAGAUCCAGGAAGCUUCACAAUCCCCUGCACUAUAGGAAAUGUGACUAUUGGGAAGGCCUUAUGCGACUUGGGGGCCAACAUCAAUUUGAUGCCACUCUCUAUUUUGAAGAAAUUGGGAGUGGGAGAAGUUAAAAGUAUAAAAAUGGCUCUCCAACUAGUUGACCGAUCCAUCAAAUACUCAUAUGGUGUAAUGGAGGAUGUGUUGGUGAAGGUGGACAAAUUGAUUUUUCCAGCAGACUUCGUUAUUUUAGAUAUGGAUGAAGAUUCUGAGGUACCUGUGAUCUUGGAAAGACCAUUUCUAGCCACUGGAAGAGCUUUGAUUGAUGUACAGCAAGGCCAAUUAAUGUUAAGGGUGCAUGAUGAGAAGGUGACUUUUAAAUUUUUUGAGGCUAUGCAGCAUCCGGAUGAUGAGAAGGACACUUGUUUUAGGAUAGAGAUGGUAGAUUCCUUGAUUUCAGCAAAAAGCUUUAGUGCUGAAAUUUGUACAUACCCAUUGAAGAAGGCUUUAGUUAAUGCUGUCAUGAACAAUGAUGAAGAAGUUGAUGAAGAGUUGUAA